GCCUCAUCCUAGGGCGGGGCCGCGCUUCUUUCCGCACCCGGGGGAGACCUGGAGGUCCGGGAAUUUCCCUGGCCCGGGGCUGUGAGCGCUGCAGCCCCAUCGUGGAUAAAAGGGGUGCGCCGAGGUCGGGGAGCCACAGAGCUCGCUCCGCCAGCAAUCCCGCCAGCUCUCUCGCUCCAGGCCCCGCCGCCCCGACCGACUGAGCUGAGCCCCAUGGCCCGCGCCGCCACCGCCACCGCCUCCUGCGCUCCCCGGCUCCUCCGGGCCGCGCUGCUGCUCCUUCUCCUGGUCGCCGCCACCCGGCGCGCGGCAGGGGCCCCCGUGGUCAGUGAACUGCGCUGCCAGUGCUUGCAGACCGUGCAGGGGAUUCACUUCAAGAACAUCCAGAGCGUGAAGGUGACGCCGGCGGGCUCCCACUGCGCCCAAACCGAAGUCAUAGCCACUCUCAAGAAUGGACAGGAAGUUUGUCUCAACCCUGAAGCCCCCAUGGUUAAGAAAAUGAUCGAAAAGAUGCUAAACAAGGGCAGCUCCGACUGACCAGAGGAAGAAGCUGAUCAGUGGCUGUAGCUGAAGUAGGCCCUGCCCUUACAGGAAUCAAAGCAGAAAGAGAGAAACGGAUCAUCAGCUCCCGAGGCCGCCUGGAUCAGGCUUAAUGUGUUUGACAUCGCUUAGGAGGGAUCCUCCACUAUUUAUUUAUUUAUUUGUUGCUUGAUUUUUCCAAGAUUCUAUGUUAUUAUUUUAAAUAUAAAAUAAUUAUGUAAUUGAAUCUAUUUGUGCACUGUACCAUUAUUUUUAUUGUUUAUUUUAUGCCAAACCCAAAUUAGUACAAUCCUGAUUUGUAUUUACUUUGAAGGUAGAAGGUUUGCAAACGCCCUGCAGUCAUUAAACUAAUAUUUUUGAGGAGCCCACAACAUACCAGUGUCUGUGACAGAGGCUGGGGAGUCGAAGCAAUUAGACAGUGAGGUCAUUGUCAGGGUGGGGGAAUAUGUGUGUAUGUCUAUUUUUCUAACUUUUUAAAGGAAUGUCAGUUAUUCUUUAUUGAAAUGACUUUAUAGUAUGAGAAGUGAUUUUAUAGUAGUAUAGAAGUGAGAAGUGGUCAACACUUCUCAUGUUGAAGCUUUCAGAACCACAAUGUUCUAAAUAUCCUUUGGACAUUUCAUGUCUUCCUUGUAAGGCAUAAUGCCUUGUUUCAUGUUAAUUAUGCAAUGUUUCUUUAUGUCUUAGAACAGAGAGCUUUAAAUAUUUAUUGAUGUUUUUUGCAAAAAUAAACAUGAAAAUAAAGUAUU